GUUUAGUCCUCCAAACCUGACGAACCUGCGUAAAAAAAUAUGGCCGCCCCCACGGCCAGCACCAACAUGCUGUCGGUGUUGGAGCCCCGGCGCUACGGCUCAAUGCUGUCCCUGGAGGAGAAGUGUCAACAGUCUUUCUUUCUCUUCUACUACUACAGGAUGGAGGACGAGGCCGUGCUGGAUCGCGGGGCGUCCUUCGUCAAGCACGUCUGUGAUGAAGAGGAGGUCGAAGGUCACCACACCAUCUACAUAGGUGUGCACGUGCCCAAGAGCUACCGACGCCGGAGACGCCACCGCAGGAAGGCCGGCCACAAGGACAAGAAGGAGAAAGUGACGGAGACGGCCUCUGACAAGUCGGACACGGAAAACAACGACGAGGCCAGCUACAGCAUCCUCAAACCGCUCAUCUCGCCGGCGGCCGAGCGGAUCCGCUUCAUCCUGGGGGAGGAGGAUGACGGGCCUGCGCCCCCUCAGCUCUUCACCGAGCUGGACGAGCUGCUCUCCGUCGACGGCCAGGACAUGGAGUGGAAGGAGACGGCCAGGUGGAUCAAGUUUGAGGAGAAGGUGGAGAAGGGUGGUGAGCGGUGGAGCAAGCCCCAUGUGGCCACGCUCUCCCUGCACAGCCUGUUCGAGCUCAGGACCUGCAUCGAGAAGGGCACCAUCAUGCUGGACCUGGAGGCUAUCACGCUGCCCCAGUUGGUCGAGAUGAUCACUGACGAUCAAAUAGAGAACGGUCAGUUGAAGGCUGACCUCAAGGACAAGGUGAUGUACACCUUGUUGAGGAGACACCGUCACCAGACCAAGAAGUCCAACCUGCGUUCCCUCGCUGAGAUUGGCAAGACCGUCUCCAGCGCAAGUAGGCUGUUUUCCAACACGGACAAUGCCCGUAGUCCUCUCGGAAACUCUGCGACUUGCCUCACGGCUCGCACCUCCGAGGAGGAGUUGCCAGUCCAGCGGAGCCCGAGCAUGGGAUGGCUUAGUAGCCCCGCCACCACACACAGGAAUAUAUCGUCUAGCAGUAUGAAUGACAUCUCUGACAAGCCCGAGAAGGAUCAGCUGAAGAACAAGUUCAUGAAGAAGUUGCCCAGGGAUGCGGAGGCGUCCAACGUGCUGGUCGGGGAGGUGGACUUCCUGGAUGCUCCAUUUGUGGCCUUUGUGCGUCUGCAGCAGGCUGUCAUGCUGGGAGCUCUGACUGAAGUCCCUGUUCCUACAAGGUUCUUGUUCAUCCUCCUUGGUCCCAAAGGCAAAGCGAGGUCGUACCAUGAAAUCGGGAGAGCCAUUGCCACUCUCAUGUCUGACGAGGUCUUCCACGACAUCGCAUACAAAGCCAAGGACAGGCAGGAUCUGUUGGCCGGCAUCGACGAGUUCCUCGACGAGGUCAUUGUUCUCCCACCUGGAGAGUGGGACCCUGCCAUCAGGAUAGAGCCUCCAAAGUCUUUGCCUUCUUCAGACAAGAGGAAGAACAUGUACGCUGGAGGGGACAACAUGCACAUGAACGGUGACACGCCUCAUGAAGGGGGUCACGGUGGAGGGGGACACGCAGUGGGCGAUGAGCUGAAGAAGACUGGGAGGUUUUGCGGUGGCCUUAUACUUGACAUCAAGCGGAAAGCUCCAUUUUUUGCCAGCGACUUCUACGACGCGAUACACAUCCAAUCGCUGUCGGCUAUUUUAUUCAUUUACCUGGGGACUGUGACCAACGCCAUUACGUUUGGGGGCUUGCUGGGAGACGCCACUGAAAACAUGCAGGGCGUGCUGGAGAGCUUCCUGGGCACAGCGGUCUCUGGAGCAGUCUUCUGCCUGCUCUCCGGCCAACCCCUCACCAUCCUCAGCAGUACAGGCCCGGUGCUGGUGUUCGAGAGGUUGCUCUUCAACUUCAGCAAGGACAAUCAGUUUGACUAUCUGGAAUUCCGGCUUUGGAUCGGCUUGUGGUCAGCCUUCUUCUGCCUGGUCCUGGUGGCGACGGAUGCCAGCUUCCUGGUGCAGUACUUCACGCGCUUCACCGAGGAGGGCUUCUCCUCGCUCAUCAGCUUCAUCUUCAUCUACGACGCCUUCAAGAAGAUGCUGAAGAUGGCCCACCACUACCCCAUCGACUCCGACUACAGGGUCGACCUGGUGACGCAGUACGACUGCAUGUGUAUGGCGCCCACCCUAGAUAACAGCUCAGGACUACUGACGGACACAGUGGAUGGAAACGAAUGGUCAUUGUACAACAUCACUGACAUGCCCCUGAACAGCACGUGGUCGUCUAUGACACGCUCUGAGUGCCUGAAGUACAAGGGCGAGCUGGUGGGGAAGGCCUGUGAAUUUGUGCCCGACAUCGCGCUCAUGUCUGUCAUCCUGUUCCUGGGCACUUACACCUGCUCCAUGUUUCUGAAGAAGUUCAAGUUCAGCCCCUUCUUUCCCACCACCGUGAGGAAGCUGAUCAGUGACUUUGCCAUCAUCCUGGCCAUCCUGAUCUUUGUGGGUGUUGACGCCCUGGUGGGACUGGACACACCAAAGCUCCUUGUGCCUACUGAAUUUAAGCCCACCAGUCCCCACCGCGGCUGGUUUGUGCCUCCGUUCGGGGGCAAUCCCUGGUGGGUGUACCUGGCGUCCGCGCUUCCCGCCCUGCUCGUCACCAUCCUUCUCUUCAUGGACCAGCAGAUCACCGCAGUCAUUGUCAACCGCAAAGAGCACAAGCUGAAGAAAGGAGCGGGCUAUCACCUGGACCUGUUCUGGGUGGCGGUGCUCAUGAUCGUGUGCUCCUUCAUGGGCCUGCCCUGGUACGUGGCUGCCACCGUCAUCUCCAUCGCCCACAUCGACAGCUUGAAGAUGGAGACGGAGACCUCCGCGCCAGGGGAGCAGCCCAAGUUCCUGGGUGUCAGGGAGCAGCGUGUCACUGGAGUGUGUGUCUUCAUCCUAACUGGCCUGUCCGUCCUGAUGUCCCCCAUCCUCAAGUUCAUCCCCAUGCCUGUACUGUACGGAGUCUUCCUCUACAUGGGUGUGGCCUCCCUCAACGGAGUACAGUUCAUGGACCGUCUGAAGCUGCUCCUCAUGCCAGCCAAGCACCAGCCGGACCUCAUCUACCUGCGGCACGUCCCCCUGCGCAAGGUGCAUCUCUUCACCUUUCUCCAGCUGCUCUGCCUGGCUGCCCUCUGGAUCCUCAAGUCCACGGUGGCAGCCAUCAUCUUCCCUGUCAUGAUUCUGGCCCUGGUUGCAGUGAGGAAAGCCAUGGACUUCCUCUUCUCACAACAAGAACUCAGCUACCUGGACGAUGUCAUACCCGAGAAGGACAAGAAGAAGAGGGAGGACGAGAAGAAAAAGAAGAAGAAGAAGAGGGGAAGCAUAGACAGUGAUGUUGAGGAUUCUGACUACCCCUUCAAUGAGAAAGUCCCCAGCAUUAAAAUCCCCAUGGAUAUGAUGGAGCAGGAGCCCUUCUUAGGUGAUAAAGACAGAGAAAAGUCCCCUAAAUUCCUUGAUCGGCACACCUCCUGUUGAGAGGAAAUACUACUACCAGGCCAACUCAAUGUCAAGUCCUGAAAGACUUCCAUUAAACGUGCCUCAGAUUAGAAUAGACAUGCACCCGGAUGACGACGACGACAUCUUCUGGAAAAGAAGGGGUUCGGAGACGUCCCUUUAGCCCCUCGCCCCCUCAUGCCGUCGAAGAGACACCCCCUGCCAAUCACCCAACCUUUGAACAUUCACACCAGUGGACCAAACCCCAUCCUGUUAGUUUUCAAUGAAAACAACAACAACAACAACAACAACAAAUAAACUCGGAAUGAAAAACUGAAAGAAUUAUGAUUUGCGUGUGUCUGUCAUUGCGUAAGUCCCGAAAUAGAGAGAGGAAAGAAGGACGUCUUUUCUGAUUGGACAAGAUAAAGGCUGUACAUCUUCCUGGAGGUGGCUUCUGGCCACCGGCAUGAUGUGGUCACUCUGCAAUGUCGUCAGUGAGAGAGAGAGAGAGAGAGAGAGUAUUUGUCUUCCACUUACCACCUACUUCUAACUACUAUGCAAAUCCAGUUAUUUUCUGCUGUCUAUGAGAGAUCUCCUCUCGAGUCCCUUCAAUGCUGACCGUCCAUAAUGCUCACUGUCCAAUACUUUAGCUUUUUAUACUGUUUUUCAUCUUGACUCCAAUCCAAUUCCUUUUUUUUCAAUUCCUCUACCCUCGUUUUUAUAUAAGGAACUACUGUAACUGUGUCUUUCUUUUCCUGUAGCAGGAAAAAUAAUAUCUAUAAAUAUAUAUAUAUAUUGUAGUUCUACCUCUUAUUUUAGGUGGCAGGCAUUCUGUAAAGAAAAUAAUUAAUUAUAAAUAUUGAUUUUGUUUUUCCUUUUGAUAUUUACAAAAGCAUGGGAUAAAAAUGGUGUUAAUAUUCUUUCUGUAUACUGUAGAGCACUUCUAGAACAGCGGAGGACAUCUGACUGAGUGAUUAACACAUACGUGUAACAGAGAUAGCAAUAUGAUUUAACUCUGUUAUUAAUAACAUUUAAAUGAUGUGUAAAUGGCAUUGCUGCUGGUUUUAUAGCUCUUACCAAUGCCUCACAAAUGGAAUAUAUUGUAACUCGUGAUUGUCCCUAAACAAGGAAAGGUCCUGACAUUUCUUUGGUGUAAACAUGUGAUUCUAAGGGAAUAUAUAUAUAUAUAUAUAUAUAUAUAUAUAUAUAUAUAUAUAUAUUCAAAAGAUUUGGCUGCGGGAAUUUGUCAUUUAAAUGUGAUCCAUUUUGCACAAAAGUGACUUUCCCAUUCGUGUCUCUUGAUUACUGCAAACAUGCUGUAGGCCGUAGGCGCUCUUGACUUGUGUAGAGGAUAAAGUGAACUAUGCCAUGUUUACUCAGAACUAGAACUGCUUGUAUGCACAGAAAAUGAUGUACCUAAGUGGCUUAAAUGUAAAUGAACUACAAGAACACCAGAUCAGUUGAAACUGAGUUGUUUUUGUGGCUCAAACUCAAACGACUCACAACAUUGUGCAUUAACAGGAUGAGACGGAGACCCGUAGAAAAAAAAAAAGAAAACAAUGGUGUAGAUUUCUUUUUUCAGGUUUCUUUUUUUUUACUUGCUGUUAAGGUGUUGUUUCAUGAGCAUAGAAUAAAAAAACUGGAAUUGUGCACUUGCAAAGAACAUCCCCUUUUUGUUACAAAAAGGAAACAAAAAAAGUUUGAUAUUAGCCACAAGAGCAAGUUUUAAGCGGGAAACAAGGCACUGUGAAGAGAUGUGCAUGUGUUAAGGCAGAUGUCCUGAAGUUAUUGAGCCUUGUUUUAUCUUGUCCUAUACAUCCGUAUUGUUCCUGCAAAUGUCUUUUUUUCAUUACUUUUUUUCAUGUGCUUCAUUUUUUUUCUUGAUCUCUUUUUCUGUUCAAAAAUCCGUAGAUCUGUACAAAUGUUGUUAUAAUAGCUGAUGUAUUUUUUUUUCAAAAUCAACUUCUCUUAACCUUGUAAGUAUAUGAAUGAAUUUUUAACUUAUAUUUGGGGUAUAUUCAUGGGGAUAGCUGAUUUAAUCAAAAUAUCUACAGCGUUAAUGCAUGGCAAAUAAAUUAUAGCGUAUUUAACCAUGGCAGUAUUAAUUUUAGUGUGUCUAAAAACUGAUACAUUUGUAAUCAAAUUUUGUGAUCUUUUUAGAACAAACACACAGUGGUGAUUAUUCUAGAAUUUAUAUUUUUCAAAUGAAAUGAAUAUUAAAAAUAAACUGAAUUUAUUCAAUGUCUA